GACACCUUUUCCACCCCUCCGCGUUGCAGUUUCGCCCCUGGUGGCGGGAAUCGGAGCGGCUCAUUGACCGGCCUCGGGGGCGGGGGCGGGGGCUGGGGCUGGGGCGCGCGGGCUGGCUGUCCAUUUGGCUGGAGGCGAGGAGGCUCGAGGCAAGCUGUGGGGAAGGGGGCGCACGAGGGGCGGCGAUGGGCAUGAGGCUGAACGCCGCUGGAGCGCUCGAGGGAGAUGCGGCUGCCCCCUCCGCCGCGGCUGCCCCGGCUAAGUACGUUCUCGGUGUAGACGUGGGAAGCACCGUCGUACGGUGCCAUGUUUACGAUAAAACGGCCGCGAUCAAAGGCUCCAGUACCAAGCAGGUUGAAGUACUUCAUCCUCAGCCUGGAUGGGUUGAACUGGACCCUGAAGGCCUGUGGACACAGUUUGUCGAUGUGGUAAAAGAGGCAGUUCAAGCUGCAGGAAUUAAAAUGAGUCAGAUUUCUUCAAUGGGAUUUGCGACACACCGUGCAACUUUCCUUACAUGGAACCGGUAAGUACACUUCUUACGACAGACAUCUGCAGCUGCGUUUUGUAAAUACAGAUGUCAU